UUAACACUAUAUUCAACACUUAGAACACAUAGAGCACUCAACAAAUACUUUAAAACUCUAAAAUCGCUUUUUCCGAUUCGCUUCAGCUAAUCCGUUCGUUGUUUCACCAUACGCCGAUACCACAUCCCUAGAAUUGUCGAGAAUAUUCCACACAUUUCUAGUAUUGUGUUUGCGCUGACUGAAAAUAGAUGGCGUUAUACUUCUCGAGAGUUUUAGGUGCUACUAGAUCCUUCGAUAUUCGUCUGACUAUUCGGCGAUAGCUAGCGUUACUCUUACCGCCGUAACAAUAUAAAUACACCACGCAUUUAAGCCCACGGAUGCUGAGAAUAUGUAAAUAAGUUUGAAGGGAUAUAGCUGAAAAAUUAAUUCACUUUGGGCAACAAAAGAUUUUUUUACUGGUGGUAGGACCUCUUGUGAGUCCGCACGGGUAGGUACUACCACCCCGCCUAUUUCUGCCGUGAAGCAGUAAUGCGUUUCGGUUUGAAGGGUGGGGUAGCCGUUGUAACUGUACUGAGACCUUAGAACUUAUAUCUCAAGGUGGGUGGCGCAUUUACGUUGUAGAUGUAUAUGGGCUCCAGUAACCACUUAAUAUCAGGUGGUCUGUGAGCUCGUCCACCCAUCUAAGCAAUAAAAAAUAAAUAAAAAAGGUUUUCCUAAUAUUUGCUAUCAAUGUUUACACUGACUUUUUUGGCUAACCACUGCUAGUAACAUCUGGAGGUUUAUACUAGCUUCAUCGAAAGUGUAGGUGAGCUCACAGGGCUCAGUCUGGGAGACGGUUGACACUAGAUUAGCACUGCUUCGCUGAAUCUACCACCGAAUCCAUGUCGAGACCCACUGAGAAAUUCCGGCGAGAAUCUCACUGGGUUAUUUCUAUGGGUGAGUUUACUCCUCCUCCCUGAUACGCAUUCCUCAUGUCUGAGGGUCGUGACCAUCUCCUUCCAUUAUCCUUCUCUGGGUGACUUUACAAUCAGCACUCGUUUUGCAUGGAAUACAUUUUCUUAGUUAAAUCUGAUGCCACUUGAUUUAAGCGUGAAUUUCUAGUAGAAUCUUGUCCGUGCGUUAAUCAUUGAUUAUAAAUAUUUAGUGCUGACUUCUGACUUCUUGUUACGCAUUUGUUGUACAUUAAAUCGCUGGAUUUAAUAGAAGCAAGUCGUUUGCGAUAUAUUAUCGUCGGCAAUUAAUUUCUAGUUGCGUCUGUUUUUUAGUGGAAAGGAUAAAUUGUACAAAUCUAACACGCUCCCCAAUAAGCAGGGCCACGAUUAGGACAAAGAAUUUGGCACACCUAACGUUCCUAUUUACUAUCUUAUCAUAUCUGUGUUGAUAAUACGAUAUCAGCCGCGUACACAAUAUACCCACACUUCAGUCGACCUAUACAAUAGAGAGGCACCUGUCGUUGUUGAGAGCGAAUAAAAAAACCGAUAAGCCGACCAAAUAACGAUGACCACAAAAGCGUGAAAGAAACUGGAACAAUGGGUGUUAAAAUCAAAUUAGUUUUAGCGGUGGUCCUAAUUUUAAGUGCCAAUGUUUUAGGACAAGACGAAAUAGUUAAUGAUACGGAAAGUACUGUGAGUGUUACCGAAGCACAGGUAGUGGAACUUGAAACGGAUGUUAAAGAGAAAGAAGAUGAGACAUUUGAAGAAACGUCACCGGUAGAAUUGCUGCCGGAUACUGAAAAUUUAGAAGUGCGAAGCGGGAAGUACCAGCUCAACGAUGGCUUAGUUGGAGAAGAGCCAGUUAACCUUGAAGCUGUCGAUUUCAACUCGAACAAUGUUGAAAGCGAAAAGCAACUCCUCUCGCCACCAAGUACUACGGUCGUCACCGGAACUGACUAUUCUUACAUCGAUGGCCGUGUACUCCCAGCGACGACCUACCAGAACAAUGGACAGCCAUACGUCAUCACCACCCAGCGCCUGCAGCAGAUCCGCUCCAAUUUUAUGUACUGGUUCUACGAUCAAGGAGGCAGCGAUAACAUCGGUGACUACCAGAGAGACAUACACACUUCCACGCCGCAGAUUCACAAGAAUUUCAACUUUCAACUGCCAUUCUUUGGGUUCAGAUUCAAUUACACAAGGAUCUCGAUGAAUGGGUACAUUUACUUCAGUGACCCCCCAGACCACUACACCUACCCAUUGUCGUUUCCCGUGCGAGACUGGCCGAAUAUCAACGAUCCUUCUUUCAUAGGGAUAUUCUUCAGCAAGUGUCGUAUUGGUAACAUGAGACCCGAAGAGCCUGAUCCGAGAAGACCUGGAAUAUACUUCAGAUUGGACAGAGACUUACAGACACGUACGGACCAACUGGGAGUCGAGAUGCGAGAACGCGUGACGUGGGACAUCCGUGAGGGCGUCAUCGGCUCUGAGACCUUCUUCCCGAAACAUACAAUAACGAUCACGUGGAAGAACAUGUCGUUUGCCGGCGGUAUUGACAACUCGCUGUUUAUGACAAACACAUUCCAAAUGGUUCUAGCAACGGAUGAAGUCUUCACUUAUGCGAUUUUCAAUUAUCUCGAAAUAAAUUGGAGUUCUCACACUGAAGCUGGCGGAGACACCACUACCGGUGAAGGAGGCAUACCGGCCUAUAUUGGCUUCAACGCUGGUAACGGGACACGAAGUUACGAAUACAAACCGUAUUCUCAAGCUUCUGUGCUUCGAGAUUUGACCGGCAGAGGCUGGGCCAAUGGCUUUCCAGGGCGACACAUAUUCAGAAUUGACGAGAAUAUACUAAUGGGCACUUGUAAUAAGGAUAUCGACGGCGCCAACCUGCCCCUGAUGUUUGCGCCAGAGAGUGGUAACAUGCUCGGCGGCACAAUCGUCAAUAUCACGGGUCCAUGCUUCAAUCCCAACGAUAGAAUAACGUGCAGAUUCGAUACAGAAUCCGUUCUCGGAGCUGUUGUGGACGUCAACAGGGCUAUCUGUGUGCAACCAAGAUUCUGGCACAAUGGUUACGCAAGAUUUGAAGUUGCCAUUAACAAUGAACCUUAUAAAUGGAAAGGAAGAUAUUUUGUUGAAACCCCUGCGACCGCAACCGAAAAGAUAUUUUUCCCAGAUAAUUCUGUACACGAAAGAUAUCCCCCAGAAGUCCGAAUAACUUGGGACCGAUUUAAUCUGACAACAAACCUAAACGUUCAGCUCCAAAUCAGUUUGUGGGGCUACAAAGAAGUCACGAUCCGACCUCAAUUAGAAUACAUCGAUAUGAUAGAAGUCGGAGUUGCGAACACCGGUGAAUACGUGAUAAAUCCACAAAAUUUCCGGAACAGGGAAAACAUCAUGCACAACGACAUGCAAUUCGGUUUUCUGCAAAUCAAUUUGACCACUCCCGAAGUAUUCAAAGGGGUUCCUAUAUCUCCGAUUCUAUGGAGUCGUCCGAUCCCACUAGGUUGGUAUUUCGCCCCACAGUGGGAAAGGCUUCACGGACAGCGCUGGUCGAACUCCAUGUGUAACAACUGGCUUCGAACCGAUCGUUUCCUUAAGAACUUUGCAGCUCAAGUUUGGGUCUGCCCCUGUACUUUGGAACACGCGCUUCUUGAUAAAGGUCGCUUCAUGCCGGACUUGGACUGCGACAGAGACACGAACCCUACUUGUAGAUAUCAUUGGGGUGGUAUUCAUUGCGUCAGGAGUGGUGCUCCAAGUUCGGAAGGUUCUGGCCAGCAAUGCUGCUACGACAAAAACGGCUUCCUCAUGUUAUCCUACGACCAGAUGUGGGGCUCAAAGCCGUCAAGAUCUCACGAUUUCGGAUUUACACCUUACAACGAAGCCAAUAAGGUUCCGUCGUUAUCUCGCUGGUUCCACGACAUGAUUCCGUUCUAUCAAUGUUGUUUGUGGCAAGAAGAACAAGCUGUCGGUUGCGAGACUUUCAGGUUUGAACGUCGACCGUCUCAAGACUGCGUGGCCUAUCAAUCUCCAGGAGUCGCGGGUAUCUUCGGUGAUCCACAUAUAGUCACCUUUGACGACCUGCAGUACACUUUCAAUGGCAAAGGUGAAUACGUCCUAGUGAGGGUGGAUCAUUCACAACUCAAGCUCGACGUUCAAGGUAGAUUUGAACAGGUACCAAGAAAUAUUCACGGUGCGGUCAACGCGACACACUUAACGUCAGUCGUAGCAGCGUCCAACAACUCUCAAACCAUUGAGGUACGCCUUCGACCACAACACGCUCAGUGGAGGUACAGGCUCGAUGUUUUCGCCAAUGGCAAGAGAGUCUACUUCGACAGGACUGCACUAAGAGUACAAUAUUUCCCAGGUGUCACCGUGUACCAGCCUAUGUACGUCCUAAACCAGUCGGAAAUCGUCGUUAUGUUCUCGUCUGGGGCCGGAUUGGAAGUAGUCGAGAAUCGCGGCUUCAUGACUGCGAGAGUUUAUUUACCAUGGACGUUUAUGAAUCAAACUCGAGGAUUAUUCGGCAACUGGUCUCUGGAUGUGAACGAUGACUUCACAAGACCCGAUGGCACGCUGGCAUCGGUCGAUCUGAACAAUUUCCAAUCCGCCCACAGAGAUUUUGCACAGCACUGGCAACUCACAGAUCGUGAGCAACGGGACAUCGGCGUGGCGAUGUUCGUUAGAGAAUAUGGUCGGACGGCGGCUUAUUACAACGACAAUGAAUUUAUACCGAACUUCAUACGAGAACCGGCGAACUUCUUGCCGGUGAACCGUUCUCACGACGUGACGAGAGCUAUCGAGAUAUGCCAAGAUUCUUAUCAGUGUCGAUACGAUUACGGCAUGACCCUCAAUCGGGAUAUGGCUGAAUUUACGAAGAAUUAUCUCUCAUCGAUUACUAAUAUAAAAGAGCAGAACGCAAGGCGGGUCAUCAGUUGCGGUAUUCUGGAGACGCCACGUUUUGGAAGAAAGAGUAACUUCUUCUUCACGCCUGGAACCAGGGUAAACUUCGAAUGUAAUCAAGACUUCAUUCUGACCGGGGACAAAAGACGAGUGUGUGAAGACAACGGCAGAUGGAAUCUCCCUGACUAUGGAUACACAGAGUGUCUACGUCAACAGGAAUUCUCCCAACGUGCCCUAUUCCUAACUUGGGGCGUCAUAGUGGCAGUUAUUCUACCAUUAGGCCUCUUGAUUUGCCUCCUCUGGUUCUGGUGCUGGCACAAACCAAGGUCCGAGGGCAAGGAGGGCUUCCGUUUCGAAGACUUACCGCGUUCAAAAUCCGCAUCUAGAUUAAAUCUUAGGUCUUCGUCAAUGGGAAAUAUCACAGACACUAUGAAAUCUUCGACGAUACCCGGUUCUGAGAAAAAAUCCCCCGAAACCCCUACUGAGGAAACCCCGGCCAGGAUAGUAGGCAGGUCAGUCCUCGCUCCUCCCGCGGACGGAGACAGCUCAGGAAUAGGCUACCCAGACUCUGGCAAAAGUGAUUCCGGUAAAUCUGACAAGUCCUCCGGUCUGCCUAAAAAGCGUAGGGCUUACGAUAAAACAUAUCGUACCAAUGAGCCAUUACCGAAUGCACCCGAUGUAGAAUUCCCAGAAAAACUAUGGGAUCUGUCCGAGGAAGACUUGUUGUCACUGACUUCACCAUCAGAUUCUGAAUCUAAUAGAGAUUCCACUCUAACUCGUCCGGCUAAAGACAUACAGUAUCUAAACAAACCGCGACAAACCGGUCGUCAGGCCAUACCGUCCGACUCAGGCUAUUCCACGAAGGAGGGAUCUGAGGAUCCUUACGCGCCGAAAUUCGACGACCAAUACAGUCCAAUACCUUCUCAGUAUUCUCCCACGUACUCUGAAAUUUAUUCGCCUCCAAUCAGCCCGGCCUCCGAUUCGAGUCCCCGGAAUACAUAUAAUAAUCCCGGCAUUCCCGAAGCACCUAAAAGCGCCCCUGUUGAUGGCAUUAAAACUUUUACCAUGCCAACGAACAAGGGUAAAUCAAUGGAAACCCUUAUUGACCCACCAGCGGCCGAAGUACCCACCCUUAGUAGUCGAUCGACUAUGGUUUAAUAUAUGCAUUGAGACUUUAAAUUUGUAUUAGAAUAGUCUAGAUUAAGUUCUGAUAGUAAUCACUGCCCAUUCGUAUGACAAUUUCUGGGGAGAGUGUUUAGGUUAUAUAUACAUAAUUAUUUUAAAACGCACUUAAUAUUAGUGAUUGCACUUUAUUUUAUUCUUCCGAA